GUGAAGUCGGCAACAGUGCAACACUCGGUCUCCUUCCCUCUACGGUGUCCCUCCACUCAGCUCUCAUUUCCCGCCAUUGUUAAGGUUUAAGACUUCAACACAACAUCUCAAUUCUCAAAGUGAAAAAGAAAAUGGAAGAGACUCCCGCAGAAGAAGCCCUAAUUCUACUGAGAAGCAGACUUUGUGACCCCCAUGCUGUUUUCUCUCUCCUCUCCGCCUCUUCCGAUAGCAACUACAGUAAAUUGAAGUUUAUAAUAUCGAGCUCAAUCGCCGAGGCUUGCAAUAAUUCUGUCUUGCUUCUUGGUCCUCGUGGUUGUGGGAAAACCGCGGUUUUGCAGCUGGUUCUUAAUAAUCUUUUGGCAGAAUAUCCUGAUAUGAUAUCCGUGUGCUGGGCUGAAGUGUCAGCUUCUAAUCUUUUGCAGAUUAGAUUAAAUGGGCUUCUGCACAGUGACGAUAACUGCGCUUUAAAGGAAAUCGCUAGGCAAUUAUGUGCGGAGCAUCAGUUGCUGUUCUCGAAAAUGGCAUCUUUUGAUGACAACACUCAAUUUGUAAUCGGUAUGUUACGUGAGUGUGGUUUGGCGCAUAAGACAAUUGUUUUUAUUCUGGACGAAUUUGAUCUAUUUGCUCAGGGUAAACAACGGUUACUUUAUAGCUUGUUAGAUGCAAUGCAAUCUGUGACAUCACAAGCUGUUGUAAUCGGCAUAAGUUGUAAGCUGGAUGCUGACCAGCUCUUGGAGAAGAGGGUUAGGUCCCGUUUGUCACACAGAAAGCUUUUGUUUUGCCCUCCGUCAAUUGAUGAAAUGGAUAGGUUGUUGGAAUGUGUAUUAUCCUUGCCAGAAAAUUCAAGCCUACCCCAGAGUUAUGUUGUUGAAUAUAACAAUGAGCUUCGUAAGAUAUUGGCAGAUAAGAAAUUCAAGGACACUAUGACCACAUUGUUGAGUUCAGAUUCAACAGUUGAUCAGAUUUUGAGAUUUUUGUUUUUAUCUGUUUCCACUAUGGACAUGAAGAGGGGCAUUCUGUCAGUUGAGAACUUUAACAUGGCUGUGGUGAAGUUAAAUAGACAGCCAAAGCUUGAAUUUCUAAAAGAUUGCUCUGUCUUAGAACUUUAUAUACUGGUCUGCAUGAAAAGGCUUGAGGUUAAAGAGCAAAAUUCAUACAACUUCAACUCUGUCAUGAAAGAAUACAAAGCCAUACAUGAUUCCUUCCAGACUCCUGAUUAUUAUGCACGGAAAGUCUGUUUAAGGGCUUUUCAGCAUCUUAUCCAAUGUGAGUUGAUCUGCUUUAUGGAUAAUCGGGGUUACAAUCAAUCCAUUGAAUAUCGUCCGGUGAAGAUACUAAUCUCAUCAUAUGAGCUCCAUCAGGGACUGAAGUUAAAUCAAAAAUGUCCAAGCAUUCUUCAAAAAUUGAUGGAUCAGACUGGUAAAAAAAGUUAAAGGACAGAUUGUUGCAAAGCAGCUUGAGAUAUGACCUUGUGCUUGGGAUGGCAAUUUGGGUCAAUGGAUCGGGUUCGGUUUGAUUUCAAGUUGCGUUGAAAGAAUGUCAAAUUAGUUUAAAACAUAAAAUUACCAUAAAAUAUGAAUGUUGGGUCAAAUUGGGUUGAGUUCGGGUUCAGUUGAGGUUUCUCUCAGUAACUUUGCGUCGGGUUCGGUUUAGGUUAUCAUGUCGGGUCAAGGAUUGAUAGCUCUACCUUGUGUACAUUGCGUUGGGCGAGGACGAGUUGACAACAUUUGUCAUUGAAGUUUAGGUUAAAUCCUUUUCCAUGUUGAUCUAUGAAAUAAUCAAGUAUUUCAGUGGAAAGUUAUGUUGGGUUUUGCAAGUUGUACAUAAUCUCUUUUUUUAUUUUUCUUAUUUUAUUCCAUGUAAUAUCUUGAAGUUU